GUGGUCACAUAAACCCAGCCGUUUCAUUAGCCAUGUGCGUGACUGGAAGAUUAAAAUGGACCAAAUUACCAAUUUACAUAUUAGCACAACUCCUGGGAGCAUUCACUGGAGCAGCGGCUGUCUUUGGGAUUUAUUAUGAUGCCUUUAUGGAAUAUAGCAAUGGAACACUUGAAGUCAUAGGACCUAACGCAACAGCACAUAUCUUUGCAACAUAUCCAGCUCCAUAUCUGUCCCUCAUAAAUGGAUUUGCAGAUCAGGUGAUGUCAACAGCUGUUCUUCUUCUGGCUAUAUUUGCUAUUUUUGACAGCAGAAAUAACAGUGUACCUAAAGGCCUGCAGCCAAUUGCAGUGGGACUUCUUGUAAUUGUUCUUACUUGCUCUUUGGGAAUGAACAGUGGCUGUGCCAUGAACCCAGCCAGGGAUCUAGGCCCAAGGCUCUUCACAGCCGUUGCAGGAUGGGGGAUGGAAGUAUUCACGUAA